AUGACCUCACAGCCCCUGUCGGUAGUCGAUCGAGAGGAAGGCGUGGGAGAUCUUGAGAUCCCCACAGACAAGCCGUUGGGUAUCUUGCUUAACGACUUGGGCCCUAUGACACUACACGAUCAACGCACAAGACAUUUUGGCGGCAGCGACAACGCCUUCAAGCCCGAUGGUGUGUAUGGCCUUGAGAACACUGCGAUCAUACCCAUUCAUGAUGCUGCGAAAAGGAAUGCCGCCUCCGUUCGUCAAUCCAAUACUCUUCGAACGAGCCGAGGCCCAGCGAGAACCACCGCAAUGCUGAGCUUUCAGCAGGAAAAGAUCCUAGCAGAGGCGAGUACGACGUCUCCCUACAAUGCGAGAGUUACCAUUGACACAAGUCAGUACCGGCAAUACGACCGUUGGGAAUUAUUAGCGGCGUUUCAGGCGCUGCUAGUCUACUGCUUACUCAGACUCCGAGAUGCUCCGGUUGGGCGAGCAGUCCUUGAUAACUCACUCCUGGACACUGUCAACGCAAUUACUGAUACAUCGGGCACGGAAGUAGUAAGGCUUUGCUGUGGCGGCAUACUUCAGGACCCGAGAGAGGGCUGGAAAACAUGGAUAUAUAUCGAGUCAGCUAGGCGCACUGCACUUGUCUUCCAAAUCCUUGCCCUUUUGGUAGAGACGACAACCUCCAUCUCCCUAUACCCGGCCUAUGCUGGCUACGGACUUGUGCUCUUCCCGCUCCCAAAUCGGACGACUCUCUGGAACGCACGAAGUAUCGAGGCAUGGAACAAUGAAUUUAGCCUUUACCGGGCUGACACUGCCGUGCAUGCACUUGCAAACACGGGCGAUCUGACAGAGAUCGACAAGAUUGAAAGUGACAUACGGUUCAGUCCAAUGGAGUGGGAUAAGUGGCUUGCAGAUGCAGGUGACUUGGGGACGCUGGGCUUUGAAAUUCCCGACAGGACCAACAGAAUAUUCUUCUAA